CUGUGGAAGCGCCUGCAAUGGCUUCAAGGAACAGGAAACCAACCUUCAGAACUCUAAACUACCCCACAAACGCAAAAACAGACUCACAUUAACAUACCAGGGCCGUUAUGUGAGACGCUUUUAUCUUUCCUAGUCUUCUGUAUGGCUGCGAAAAUUGAUGAAAUGGGUGUUUGAAGAACAGUUUUCCUUCUUUUCUUGUAUGCAGGUCAUCCUGGCAAAUAGCAUAGUGAAGCUAACGGUGGUGAAACCUCAAGGGUGGUUGGCUGGGAUCAAGUAUGGCGGAAUGGACAAUCUCCUCGACAUCAAGUCGCCCGAAUCUCAUCGAGGAUAUUGGGAUGUGAAUUGGAGCGUACCAGGAGGCCUGGAACCACAUCAAUUCAAUGUGCGAUGCAGAAUUAGUGGGACAAAGUACAAUGUCAUCCACCACAGCUACGACAAGAUAGAAGUUUCGUUCAGGACUACUUACAAUCCUUCCGGCCUGGGGAUCAAGCUUCCCCUCAGUAUCGACAUAAGGUACAUACUGCAGAAUGGGGUUUCAGGAUUCCAUUGCUAUGCAAUCUACGAACGUCCUACAGGUUGCCCUGCCUUCGAUCUUUCUCAGACAAGGAUGGUCUUUAAGCUCAGGAGAGAAAAGUUCCACUACAUGGCAAUCAGUGACGAGAAGCAGAGGAUAAUGCCAAUGCCAGAGGAUCUGCUUCCCCAUAGAGGCAAACGGCUAAUAGUGCCCGAGUCAGUUAUGUUAGUCAAUCCCAUUAACCCAGAUCUCAAAGGAGAAGUAAGCACAGCGAGAUAUAACUGUGUCAAGAUGCACAACAUUCCUGGCCUGUGAAUAUUUGAAUCGAGAUAAUUGAAUGAAAAUGCAGGUGGAUGACAAGUACCAGUAUUCAAUGGACAAUCAAGAAAGUGGUGUCCAUGGAUGGAUCAGCUCUGAACCGUUGAUCGGUUUCUGGGUCAUCUUCCCGAGCCAUGAAUUUCGUAGCGGUGGACCAACGAAGCAAAACUUAACCGUCCACACUGGUCCAGCUUGCUUAGCUGUAAGUUUUCACAACCUCGACACCAAAUGUUCUAGUUUUCCUUCUGAUGAACCCAGAAAAAUGAUCAUCCCGAUGGCUGACCAACCACAGAUGUUUCAUGGAAUGCACUACAUUGGAGAUGAGAUGGUGACUCACUUCGAAGCAGGAGAGGAUUGGAAUAAGGUCUUCGGCCCGAUCUUUGUUUACCUUAAUUCAACCCCAACCAUAUCGAAUGCACACAGCUUAUGGCUUGAUGCCAAGAAACAGAGGCUGCUUGAAGAGGCAGCAUGGCCUUAUGACUUCAUCUCUUCCAAGCAUUACAUCAGGGCUGCAGGACGUGGUUCUGCUUACGGAAAACUGGUUGUCCAGGACAAAUUUCUUCAUGGUUCGCUCAUCCCUGCCAAAUCUGCUCAUGUUGGUCUAUCGGUCGCAAAAAAGGCAGGAGGAUGGCAAACAGAGAGCAAGCAUUACCAAUUCUGGGUGAAAACAGAUUCAAAUGGAAACUUCAACAUCAAGAAUGUUAUUCCUGGGAUCUAUAGACUUCACGGCUGGGUUCCUGGGUUCAUCGGUGAUUACCUCGAGAAAGGAUUCAUUGACAUCACUGCAGGAUCAGAAACCCAACUUGGAGAUCUUGUCUAUGUUCCUCCCAGAGAUGGUCCAACCAUGUGGGACAUCGGCUUCCCAGAUCGUACAGCCAGUGGUUACUAUGUCCCUGAUGUGAGUCCUAUCUAUGCCAACAGGCUAUUUCUCAACAGCCAAGAGAAGUAAGCAAAUCAGCAGCUGCUGUCUUUAUGAAUUGCAUGAGAAUAUUGUUAUCUUGUUUCUAGUAUGUUGUGGCUGAUCAGCUAUCCCAUUGUGCUCCAGGUUCAGACAAUAUGGCUUGUGGGACAGAUACACAGAUGUGCACCCAGAAACCGAGCAGACAUUCACAAUAGGCAUCAGUGAUCCAAGAAAAGAUUGGUUCUUUGCCCAAGUAAACAGAAAGUGGGGAAAGAGUCAGUAUGUGCCUUCAACCUGGACAAUCAAAUUUAUUAUGGAUUCAGUAACCACUGGUACUUACAAGUUGAGACUGGCCAUUGCAUCAGCAACCCGUUGCAGUCUUGAGAUAUGCAUAAAUGGUAUGGAUCCAGAGCAUACAGUUUUUGAAGUACUAAACCUAGGAACAGACAAUGCAGUAUGUCGACAUGGAGUCCACGGACUAUAUCGGCUGUUCAGCAUUGAAGUUCACUCUUCACUAUUGAUCAAAGGAGACAACUCCAUGUUUCUUCGACAAACGAAGGCUGGGAGUGCACUUUGUGGAAUCAUGUAUGACUACGUAAGACUAGAAUCUCCAGCAUUCUCCGAGAGUUCAGAGCAGAACUUUGAAUUUAAAGCACAAACCUCUUGAGUUUCUGCUGCUCAC